CGAACCCGUUCCCCGUCCUAUGCACCCCGCCCCCAGCUCGAUCCGGAGGAAUCUUCCCCCUCACCUCGGGCGCCUGCCCGGGCGACGCUCGUGCGCAGCGGUCACUACCUGGUCGGGGCGCGCGCCGGCCACUGGAGCGUGCGGACACGACGGGGAGGAGUCACAGGCGUCGGGAGUGCGCAGGGACCUCCCCGGCUCCAGAUAUGGCGGACUGCAAGUCCGAGUGGCUCCGGCUGCCGGGGUCCUGGUCUCACGGUGUUACCCGGGACGGGCGCGUCUUCUUCAUCGAUGAGGAAGCACAGCGAACAACCUGGCUGCAUCCAGCGACAGGCGAGGCCGUCAUCAGCGGGCACCGCAAGACGGCAGAUCUACCAACCGGUUGGGAAGAAGGAUACACCUUCGAAGGGGCGAGGUAUUACAUUAAUCACAAUGAAUGGAAGGUAACUUGCAAACAUCCAGUUACAGGACAUACAUCGCAAGAAAACUGUAUAUUUGUCAUGAAUGACGAUUUCAGGACUGCUGCAGCAAUAGCGUCACAAGACAAAAAAGAUCGACCAGUGAGCUUGGUCAGUGAAGUUUCUACAUAUACCAUGGCAUCCGAAAUGGCUCUGCUUCCAACUAGUCCUGUUUGCCGAUCAUCAAGACCUUCAAAGAAAAUUCACAACUUUGGGAAAAGAUCAAAUUCCAUUAAGAGGAAUGCAAAUGCACCAGUUAUAAAGCAUGGCUGGCUUUACAAACAGGACAGUACUGGUAUGAAGCUCUGGAAAAAACGUUGGUUUGUACUUGCUGAUCUCUGCCUGUUCUAUUAUAGAGAUGAAAAGGAAGAAGGCAUUUUAGGAAGCAUUCUUCUUCCUAGUUUUAAGAUAACUCCAGUUAUGCCUGAAGAUCAUAUUAACCGAAAAUAUGCAUUUAAGGCUGCCCACUCAAACAUGCGAACCUAUUAUUUCUACACGGAAACAGCAAAGGAGAUGGAGUCCUGGAUGAAGGCCAUGAUAGAAGCUGCACUUGUCCAGACAGAGCCUGUGAAGAGGAUGGAGAAAGUUGCAACUGAAAUUGCACCACGACAAGAGGUUAACCAUGUUGUAAACCACAAAAUAUUAGUGAAGCCUGAACUUAAGAGCAACCAGCAAAAUAUAGACUCCACUUUGAGUCAUAAAUCAAUAAACAAUACAAGCAUCACUCAUACUGAUAAAUAUGGUUUUGAGACAGAUGGGCAGGACCAGCACAAGCCCUUAACUAAAAUCAAUAGUGUAAAGCUGCAUCCUGCAAAAUCGGAAACUGAGAAUGUUGCAUCAAGUACCACCACUGUUCAAAUUCUACAAUAUAAAUCUUUGCAAACAAAUAGUUCCAAUGAGCACAGUCCGAUUGGGCCCAUUUGUGAUCCUGUAGGAAAUAUGACCUUUGGGAGAGAGAGACUGGUUAGUCAAAAUGAAACUGGAAGGGGAAUCCAAAGGACUAAUUCAAUGGUGCAGUUGGAACAGUGGGUGAAAACGCAGAAAGGAAGAGGCCAAGAGGAAGAACCCAGGAGUGUCACCUGUUAUCAGACAUUACCAAGAAACUUGCCAAGUUAUCGGACUCAGGCCAUGCCAUGUUACAGAACAUUGCCUCGUCAUAGCAGCACAAGAACUGACAGUGUCUGCACAGUGAUGCCUUCUGCCUACGACAGAGUAAUUCGAGCACCUUCGUCACAAGAAAAGCGGAAGUCAAUGCGAGAUGAUACCAUGUGGCAGCUAUACGAAUGGCAGCAGCGGCAAGUUUAUAAUAAACAUGGAACACUUAGCAGACAUGGUGCUCCUCUCGCUAUGGUGAAUCUAGUUGACCAAUCACGCUCAAUUCCUCCAUCACCUUCCCAUGGCUCACUGGCUCCGUAUCAGGUAUACUCUCCCCUAAGAUCCUACAACAUGGAAUCCAGAUUGGAGCUUUCGCCACCUGUUUUAAGAGGGGACAUGACAAUUGAUUCCAUUAAGUCUCGGCGUUAUAGAACACCUGUUAACAGGAUUAACUGUCCACCUGAAAGAAAGUCAAUGCCAGCUGGUUUACCUGUACAGACUCUCACAACAGAGAACUUGCAAGGGAAAACGCCGGAGGAGCUGACAUUACUGCUAAUCAAGCUGAGGCGGCAGCAAGCGGAACUGAACAGCAUCCGGGAGCACACAGCAGCCCAGCUUGUGCAAUUGAAUCUCAGUGAUGCAAAUCCCAAGAAUGAUAUCCUCAUUCAUCACCUUCAAAGAAAUCUCGUGUAUUUGGAUUAUCAGAUGAAAGAAAAUGAACCUUUAAUCGCCACAGUUCACACUAUGAUUGAGAAUUCAGCACCAAGGCCACAAGUAUACAAGCAACUGGCUCAACAUGAUGAAUACAGAGAAACUUUAUACAGUCACAGAACUGAAGAACUAGAUGUAGAUGCGAAACUGAGCCAGUUGUGUGAGCAGGAUAAGGUUGUUCAUGAGCAGGAGGAGAAACUGCAGCAGCUGCACAAGGAAAAACAUACACUGGAACAGGCGUUAUUAGCAGCCAGCCAAGAGAUUGAAAUGAAUGCAGACAACCCCAGUGUGGUGCAAAGUGUGGCCUUACAGAGAGAUGUCUUGCAAAAUGGAUUACUCAGCACCUGUCGGGAGAUAUCAAGGGCCACUGCAGAGCUCGAAAGAAUGUGGAGAGAAUAUGACAAGUUAGAAUAUGAUGUAACUCUUGCAAGAAACCACUUACAUGAGCAACUGGACAGAUUUGAAGGAGUUCAGGCGGAUUUAGCUGGCCACCAACGCUCUCAGAUCCAAAAGGAACUCUGGAGAAUUGAAGAUGUUAUGGAGGGACUUAGCAAGAACAAACAGCAAAGGAAUAUUGCCAUUGCUGUGUCACAAUCUGGACCUGCUUCAACCCUAAGGCAUAGACAGGAGGAAGAUGAAACAGCCCCUCCUCGUCCUCCUCUCCCCCAAUUAUUUGACUUGACAGAGAAGGGUCCCUCAAUUCCUCCUCUUCCCAGUGAGAGAAAUCUUUACCCUUGUUCUACCAGAAACCUGGUGCAUCUAGACAAAGCGAAGAUCCACCCUGAACUGGAAGAUCCGAGGAAUGGUGCAGAUGCAGGUCCUGAUUAUCGGCAAUACAAGAGUGAGCCAGAACUGACGACUGUCACAGAGGUUGAUGAAUCAAAUGUGGAUGAGAAGUCAGAAGUGGUGCCUGACAAAGAAAGUGUCAUAUGUAAAGGCCUGUCUUUUCCGAUUGGGAUCGUUCCACCUAGAAGCAAGUCUCCAAUUAGCGAAUCUUCCACGAUUGCUUCGUAUGUCACAUUAAGGAAGCACAAAAAGAUGGAUGGAACUGGGCCUCAUGUGGAAAGGCCCAGGAGUGCGGUCGAGCAGCUUUUCCUGGCAGAGGGUCCACGACCUAGAAUGAGUGUUGAAGAGCAACUUGAGAGAAUAAAACGCCAUCAGCAGGCUUCUCUAAAAGAUAAAAGGAAAGGAUUGAGUUUAUUAACCCUACAAGAUCAAUCUCCAGCAAAGAAUCUGUCAAGAGAAAACAACCAGGCAAAGCCUCCUCAUCCUAUGGAUAAAUACUCACUUUACAGAAAUAGAACAGUUGAAAAUAAUAUUAAGGAUUUGGAAGCUGCUGUUCGAGAUGAUAAUUAUGAUCAACAUCCAGAAACUGCUGCCGAAGAAAUUGCCCGUUUAAAGGAAGGAAACGUUGAGUCGAAUCAGCAGCAGUCAGAAAGCAGGAAAGAUUUUCCAAGCCAGGAGCUCAAGAUUGAGAGGUGCAAUGAAGCUGAAUCGGAAAUGCCAAGUCCUAACAAAAUCAUGAGUAAAUCAACAGCUAUUGAUGAAAUAGAAAUCAAAAGCAGUGUGCAAACUGUGACCCCAGUUAUUAACCUCAAAACCAACACUGAUGAGGAAAAUGCAGAAGGAGUAAGGCUGAUUGCUAUCUCCAGUGAAGUAGCUACAGAUGCACCAAGAAGCAGCAAACUUGUAAGAGAAAAUAAUCUUUCUCCACCACAAUCCCCAAAAUCUCCAUCUCCAUCACACCCACAGCUCACUGAAGGAUCUCAUUUUAUGUGUGUAUGAGGUUUAGAAAAAACUCAGGCCAUUGACACAGGAAAACUGUAAUCCAUGCAACACAAUUUUGAAGGACUUUGACUGCAGUCAGAAGUGCUGUGGGACUACGUUCAAAAGACAGCACCAGUGUAUGGAAAUCAAGUGCACCAGAGCACAGAAGUUCAAGCAAGUGCGACACUUGACUCAUUAUUAAACACUCCUUAUAGGAAAUACCAUUUUGUUGGAUAUAAUACCGAUAUUUUGCUUACUUCAGGAGCAUGUAUUGGUUCACGGUAGUUUUGUAACUUACUCUUUUUAAAUUGUCCAUAUAUAGAGAUUAUGGUACAUUAGCAUAAAUGGUGAUUAGGAUCUUAAUUUGGUUUACACGUUAGAAUUUUGUUUGCAUUUUAAAUUGUGUAGUAUGUUUAAUUUAAUGCCUGACUUUAAGUUCACUUGUAACUGUUGCCAUAUCUUUUAAGAAAUCGCUAAAGUUUAAGAUAUACAGUAGGAAAUGGAUUCAUAUUUGUUUUGUUACUAUUUUCAUUGAUUGCAGUGCCAUUGUACUGGUGCAAAAUAAUGCUAUUAUUUGGUAAUGCCAUCUGCUGUAACUAUUUAUACUUAAUGUUGUAAUGAAUGCAGUUUCUGCCAAACUGCUCUCAGCAAAAUGAAAACUGUUCCACUGGUUAUUUUUUAAUUUCUCUAUGUUCUUUAUCUUUCGUGACUUUUUCAUACAAGCUUUGUGGAGGGUUUGUUUCAGCUCCACUAUGCCAUAUAGCUCAAGUGCAAAGCAAUAUGUAGAGGGCUUAAUAUUCAGUACCCCAUUGUUUGUAAAAAUUGUAAUUAUGUUCAUUGUGUACAUAGCGUACAAUGAGCAGAGUCUAUAAUUAUAAGAUGCUAAUUACAAGUGUUAAUAUGCCUUGUCCAUAUCACAUCCUGUUUUAUAUCAUGUUAUAAUAAAUGGUAAUGCUAUUUUG